AUGAAUAAUGCGCAAGACAUAAUCAAUUUUAAUGAACAGGUUGUAAAUAGAUAUAGGCAUUGCAGCACUAAUGGCGACAGCAGGUGCGUUUUGCAGCCUGGUAUUUACCCUGUUGACGAGGUUAAAAGGGCCCCUAGGGGGGAUGUUCCCCGGGAAGGAAGCACCUGUGUAAUAAUGGCCCAUUCGGAGAGGAGCUUAAUUUUGGUCAGGCGGCUUCCCAACUUGGCAAAACACGCGCAUCACGCAGAUGGUGCACAUUACGCCGAUCAAGCACAUCACGCAGAUCACGCAAAUCAUGCACAUUAUGCAUAUCGCGCAGAGUGCACAAAUUAUAGAGGCGCCGUUUCUCGGACGAGGCCCCCGGACCUGCAAAUGGUGCAGCGCAUAACGACCUGGCUCUGCUUAAAAAUAUACCUCUCCGUUUACAUGUACAUAACCAGCUUGAGGAAACUGUCCUUUUUGCUGUUGUGCGAAUGCUCGGCUUAUGUGGCCAAGAAGUGCAGACUCUACAUGGUAAGCAAGGCAUGCGGGGAAUGUAAAGCCACAUGCAGGCAUGCCAUGCGGACGGAAGGGGAAGAAAAAAAAGACAAGCAGGUUGAUGCUGGCCAAUUAGACCGAUCGGCAGGAAGGGGACACAUGAGUGACUGCCACCGAAUGGAAAAUAAUAAACGCACAAAAGUGGUAAAAAAAAAUGAUUACCACGUCGAUUUUGUUUCAAGCAAAUUCUCUAUAGAUAAAUUUGCCCCCGUUGAGAAGUCCGCUUUUACGUUAGCGAGAAAGGUGGACGCUCCAAACAGGGGAGACGAAGAACGAAGGAGAAUACGCUACCGUGGAUGCGCUAGCCAUGUGUACACGGAUGAGAGUCCUAAAGGGAGUGGAGGAAACAACUCCUGCACUAGUAGGCGAAGUAAUGAUGAGGAUACAUCCGCAGCCAAUGUACCCAGCAGAAGCCGCGCAGUUGGAAGGGGACGAAUUCAAGUGGCCUCCCCCCUUCUGGUAAGCAGCAAGGGAACAUACACAAAGAGAAGCAUAUAUAAAAAGAAUAGUAAAAAAUGUACAUUUCACGAGCAAACCAGGUUUAAUGCUUUCAAGAGGGGUAUCGCCAUUCACCCAAAUGGGGUUUAUACCUGUGCCAGAAAUGGAGAGUACCUCAAUGUAGAGGUAAAUGGAAAAAAUGAAGACCAUGUUGGUGAAUCUUCUGACGAAUUUGAAGAACCACAUGAUGCUGUUUCGCAUAGCCCGUUCAACCAUUUAAGUGAAGGCGUCUUCGCCGAAGAGGAUAAAAGAGGGGACUCCCCUAUUUCUUUCCACCGGGUGGUGCAAAAAAUGUUAAAGAUAUACGUCAUGGUGCCAACCCCCCCUCGCUUUACCGAAACGGUAAGCGAUUUUUACAAGCCCGUUACCCAUUGCGCAGUUCUUAUGAAAGAAUCCUGCGAUUGGGGAGAAACCUUUUUGAUUACCCCUUUUCAUGUUUUAAAAAUAAUUCUUAAAAAGUUAAAGAGACAUCAUUUUUUUGUCACUUUCGAUUUAUGUUUUAAGUCAAGAGUUGCAUCAGAGUGUGAUCGAAGGAGGGCAUUCAUUCCAUGGGUUAGUAAAAGCUCAUCAAUUAACUACCCGGACGGGUUCAAAUUCAGCACACCGAUACUACUCGAGAUAUUUUUAAGUUUGCCAGAGGUGGCACAAGAGUGUCAUGCAAAACGUUUUAAAUUUUUUCUUCCCCCAUUUUGGAGCAAGCCCUCAGUUUUUUCCUCCUACACAUCCGAUAAAAUUGAUUCUGCAGUUUUCCUCCCAAUUCUGCCCCCUCCUUUGAAUAGAAAACGUUUUAAAAACUCAGGAAAGCGUGCCCACCACAUUUUAAAAAAAAGAAGAAAUUGCACCAGCAAUUUUGGACGCGCGUUUAUCAGCAACCUCCAGUUAAGUGCAAAGCAAUUUUGCAAAAAGAAAUAUUCAUCCCCUUCGCGAAAUCGGAGAGUGAAAUUUCGCCCAAAUGUGCUCAUGAUGGGAAAGCACAGAGGGAGGGAAGUUUCCAAACGUAAGUUUAUACGUCGCAGGGGGGAAGCUCUCUCCGUGAUGGCGGAGAGGCCGCUCGCGAAUGUGCGCAGGGUACGCGAGAGCAGGGUGAGUGGGGCGGCGAAAGGGGCAAACGAAGCUGCAAAACGGGCAAACGAAGCGGCAAAGCGGACGAACGAAGCUGCGAAGCGGGCAAAUGAAACUGCGAAUCGGGCGAGUGGCCCGGAAAACCCCGUCCAAAUGACCGUGUCGAGGGCCAGGGAACUCCUGCCCAGAUCGGAACCCCUCAUUGAGCGAAAACGUCGCUUCAAUUUUAUCAAAAACAAAAUGAAGGUGUCCCUUUUGUUACUCAAAUGUUAUGAUAUUUUUCCCGCCAAAUAUGCGCACGUGAAAAUACAACGUGUGGAGCUAAGGGGGGCCAACUGCAGCAGCAGUGCCUGCGGGGAUGCGGGUAAUUCCGCGAUGAGGAAAUGCCCAGGGGGGAGUGGCAACAAGGGGAAAACAGAAGAUAAUGGGAAAGGCGAGAAAAGCGGCAAACGAGGUGGUAGCAGCCAAGGUAGCAAACGCGGUGAAGGCGGUCAAAGCAGCAAACGUGGUGACGGCGGUCACGGCGGCAAACGCGGUGACGGUGGCCAAGGAGGCAAAAGUGGUGAUAGCGGCCAAGGUGGCAAAAGCGGAGACAGCGGCGGUCGAAGCAGCGGCAACGGAGACGACAACGAUGACGAAAAGAACAACAAGAAGAGGCACGCCGAUGAUAAGGGGGAGAAGAACGACGAGGCGAAGGAGAGCGGGAAGAAGGGCAGCGGCGCCAACGGGGAUAAUGCUAACAGUGAAAAGGAUAGUGGGGGCGGUGCUGGAAGCGGGAGCGGCAAAGCCAAUUCGAGUGAAGGCGCGAAAGAAGCGCCUAACGGGGCACCCAACGGAGUGUCCAACGGAGCCUCAAAUGGAACUUCAAAUGGAACCUCAAACGGAACGGCAAACGGAACCGCAAACGGAACCACAAACGGACCCCCCAACGCCGACGGCAACGCCAAGAGGAGGAGGAGCGAAAAGGGGAAGAACAGAAGCAAAAGCAAAGGCGACAGCGCAGGCGGCGGGCCGCCGAACCAAGCCGCCGCGGGGAAGGAUGACAGCGCGUCGGUGAAUAACGAGACCCCCCCCCUGUUGAACAACGAAAAGAAAGAAACGGUUAAGCGGAAAAAGGCAAACAAAACAGGGAAGAAAAACGGAGCUAGUGAAAAAAAUGAUAAAUAUUCAAUGAACCUGCUAAUCGCAGAAAAUGCCUAUAAACUUGUAAAAAAUGGAAGAGUGUACAAGCCAGCGGAGCCAGUGAGCAGCUUCCAAUCACACCACAAUUUUAUGCUUAGAGAAAUGAUGUGGAUGAGCAUCGAUUAUUAUGAAGAAAAAAGGUGGAAGAAAAAUGUGUGCAAACGAUUUAGCUAUCAAAUGAAUAAUCACGUUGAAGACAGAAAGAAAAAUGACAAACAUUUUAUUUCUUCGCAGAUAUCGAAUGACAUUAAGAUGUUUUGGUUUUUCAUUCUAAACGAGGUGAGGCCUGACUUAGUGCCCGUGGAUGUGGACCAUAAGGUGAAAAAUAAAAACUUGCUCAAGAGGGAUUUUUUUAAAUCCGUUAGGAAGAAUUUUAAAAUGGAAGGAAGUAGUCCUUUCACUGGCGUUGAAGUGAACCCCUUCGCUUCGGCCAAUGGUGAGCAGUUGGCUAGCCAGGCCGUGGAAGACGGUGAACGGGGUGACAAAUGUGGCGGCCCCUUGAAGGACUCCAGCGCCAGUGGCAUUCUAAGCAUGGCGCGCAGCGUGUUUUCGUUCAACUUUAUGAAUAAAAGGGAGGCGCGCGGCAUAGGAGGCAUCGCCAAGGGAGGCAUCGCCGAGGGAAGCAUCUGCAAAGGGAAAAUCGACGCGGACGCAGAGCGGCCACCCCCGAGCAGCCCCCAGAUAGAUGAAAAGAUCGUAGAGGCGUACCAAAAUUACGAUCAGCGUCUUAUGCUCUUCGAGGAAAAUGUAAGCAGGGAGCUGCUAGGCAAACACGAGCCCCAUAGCAGGAGGGGGAUUGAUUAUUGUGAAAACUAUAGGAUGGAGGAAUACACCUACAGGAGUGCCUACCAUUAUAAUGACGAUUAUGGGGACUACUAUUUGUGUAGCACAGACUACCUAGAUUUGAGUAACCAUCUGUAUAUUUACUGCUUGCUCUUCAUGAGCAUUUCGCUAAUGGAAGUGAAUGAAAAUAUUUUUUAUAACAAUGAAAAUUUAAUUAAUGAUGGUCAUGGUAUGUACUCCGAUGAGGAGGAGGGGUCGACGGCCCCUUUUGGAGGAAAGGCCAAACUGAUGUUAAGGCAAAACGAGGCUAUUGACGAAGUGGGUUACACCAAACAUGAGAAAAAAAAGAGAAAAAAAAAAACGAGUGAUAGCAACAUUUGCGGUGAUGUCGCCGAUCAGGGAGAGCAACUACAGCAGGUGGAAGAGGCCAAACGGAAGAACUCUGCGAAGCAUAACACAACGAUCAAGCUCGAAAUUGUAAAAAAGGAAAGCAAGAGCGAAAUAGGGGAAUACGAUGAGGAAGUCUACAGGGAGUAUGCCAGGAACCAUAUCGAUUAUCAGCAUAUGGGCGAUGGAGACGAUUUCGAUGAUGCGAGAAGGGUAAACGUAAACGACUACGCCGGCCAUAUGAAUCACAUGGAUCACUACGAUGAGAUGAGGCAUAUGAAUAGCAACAUGGUAACCAUGACCACCACUCCCCUGAACAGCGUGGACGUCAACGACCUCCUCGUCAUUCCGUAUUCCGCGUCCGACAGCAUAAUGGGUAAAGAAGGAGGUGGUAAUACCAUACCAGAACAAAACAUGAGAGCAUAUCUAAAUGAAAUAAAACAAAAAAAUGUCAGCAUGUACAUGAAUAAUAUGGAGUUAUGUGGGGGAAGAACCUACCCAUUCGAAUUAGAAUAUAUUAACAACGCCAAUAAUGACAUUCGCCUGCCGCUACUGAACAUGACAGAGUAUGACGAAUACACCUUCUUUCUGUACCUGUUCUAUUUGAAAAACUCUCCCUAUGUUUUAAAAAAACAAAUGAUAAAGGAAAAGAAAAAACGGAAAAGAGAUUUUUCAGACGUUCCCUCAGCCAAGAAAAGGACCCCCAAGCGAAGGUUAAACAAAGCGGAAGAUGAUAAGACAGUGGAGGCCGUACUGGAGAACGAAAAGUGUAAAACAAGCGAGCAACCGCCAACAAAUGCGGAGGUAGAAAAUGCGUCAUCGUUGAAUAAUGAGGGUAAAGGUGCAGAGGAAAAUGACCGCCAUUUGGAUUCCUCCAAAAAGGAUGACCACGGAAAAGGGGGAGCUAAAAAGGCAGGGGUGAAGGAUGAUGGCGGCAUUAAGAACAAUCAACUCGCUGAGGAGGGACUCCACUCUCGAGUGAAAGAAGGCAAGGAAGGAUCCACUCCCACGGAGGAACAGGCGGAACAGAAUUUAAAAACGUGGAAGGACACGAAGGGAGAGUGGGCCAGCGACGAGGUAAAUUUUCUCCUCAUCCUUACAAAGACGUAUAUGAAUUAUGUGAAUGCCGACUGGACGCACGCGGGGGCACAUACCGGUGAGCAGCAACCUUUCGGGGGGAGUGCUGACAACCCCGCUGCGAAGAAUCAUUUGGGAGUGGCCUCCAGAAGCGGGAUACAUCUGGGAGAUGCGCAAAAUGGGGAUAGCACUACUGCAGAACAGGGUGGAGCAAACCACGCCGAAGUGCUACACAUGAAAGAAAGUAACAACAAUGGUAAUCGUAACAGCACCUGUGGGGGAGGCCUCACCCCCCACGAGGAACAUAACAGUGAGGGACGUGCAGGAAAGACAAUGCCGCCAAUAGGCGAGGUGCCCCUAAGUGGAAGCUACAUUUACUCCAUUAACUGGAACAUCAUAUCCCUAGCGCUCGCCUCGUACAACAAAAUUAACCACGUGUAUGAAGUGACGAGGACGGCGGAGGAGUGUAAGGAGAAGUUCUUUUCUCUCUUCCUGGGUAGCAGCUACGUGGAUGUUAAGACGACUAGCCUGCAUGGGGAAAAUUAUUUAGAAAACAAAAAAAAGCUGAAGAAGGGUUCGAAACGGCUGAAGUUCUUGUCCAUAUUUCCCCCCCAAAGUGCGAACAGCUUGAUAGGCUCGUUUAACAGAUAUAUGAGCGAACAGAUUGAGAUGCAGAGGCAGCGGGAGAAGGCGGGCAGCAUGGGGAGCGGCUGCGUGGGGAGCGGCUGUUUGGGGAGCGGCUGUUUGGGGAGCGGCUGUUUUGGAAGUGACCCAGGCAGAGCAUUAACGGGCUCCCUCCAACUGGAGGAAAAGCAAAACGGAGGUGAAAAACCCCACGAAGGCAAUGGCUCCAAAAAGGACCAACCCAAUCACGAUGUGGAAGAAUCGGAGGGGAAAAAUUCCAAUGGGGAGGAGUCUGCCCUCUUCGACCAGCCGAGGAAAAGCGAACUGUUAAGUGGAAUAUUGCAGCAGCUGUCAAAAGGAAGCGCCCUUCUGAACGGCAAAGAGAAUAUAAGCAGCAAAUUGAGUAGCAAAAAGAGUAGUCAAAUGAGCAGCAAACCGAGCAACAGCUGCGCCACCGAACAAAACACCCUCUACAGGAUGAACGAGUCGGAGGAGGAAUCAAAUGAAACCACCCUUCUCUUUAGAAACGCGAAUUUUUUCUCCCAUUCGAGCAAGAAGGAGAGCCUUUUUAACAAUUUAUUAUCGCACAUUUCUAGGCACUCCGAUGAAACAUCUGAGGAAGACACUGACUGUGGGAAGGACAGCUUCUUCAGCUCCAGUGACGCGGAUGAUUCUACAACACUGAAGCUGGACGAACUGUCUUCCAUCAAAUCGGAUCAUUUGAAAAAUGGUAUGAUAAAGAGGAAGCGCCCCUUCGGAGGGGAUAAGGAGGAUGAGCACCGCGAGUGUGACCAAAGCGGGGAUAGCCAAGUGGAAGAAGGGGGAGUUCCAAGUGGGGGGCCAUUACAUGAUCGCCCCGAAGUGGAAACUCAGCAUGAGCACCUGUUGGAGGGACAGCAGCGUAACCCGGGGGAAGGCACAAAUGGGGAAGAGGCACAAAUGCACGAUUCGAACUGUCUGCAGCGGAAGGGAGAUGCUCCAUCGGUGGAAAGCCAAAGGAAAAGUGAGUGCCCAUUUGGGGAAAGGAAAAAGGAUGGAGGUAAAAUGGAGGAGGGUGACAACCAUGCAGGGGGUGACUGUGCACUUCCCAAAGGGAGAAACGAACCGAUGGAAGAGCAAAACGAACGAAUGGUGUGCAAUGGGGAAGACGAACCCCUUCUGCACGACGUGGACAGUAAGGAUGACGUGUGCACAUCAAACUUAGGCAACCACUCGGUGACCUCAAACGUGGGGUCAUCCACAACAAGCAAUGACAAACAAAUAGGGGGAGAAAGCGAAUCGGCCAAUUUUGCCAACCUAAAAAAAUGGCUCAACUCCAUUUGUAGUAAUAAAAAAAACGUGAACGAAUUUUUGGCUCUACUGAAAAAUGACUAUCUGGUUAAAAAUAAAAAGUUUUAUAAAAUCAUUCAGAAUUUUUUAAACAAAAUAAAACCUGUUGUAGGGUACUACGACCAUUUGUUGGACUCCCUAAAUAACGAAACUAGCUGUGAAGUAUCAAAUAAUGAACCCGUGAUGAAUAAUGGGUUCUGUGCUGAGAAAAUAGACAAAGAGUUUGUAAAAUUGAUUAAAAAAAUAAUCGAAUAUGAUAAAAGGAGAAAGAAUAAAAGCAUAAAGAAGUUAAAUAACUCUUCUGAAAGUAGCGAAAUUUACAAGCUGAACGAAUUUUUUAUUUACUCUCCGAAUGAAUCCUACAACACUGUUAACGAUUUUGCACAACAGAUACUGAACUAUGUGCCCUACGUGGAUGAUAAGAAGAAGAUUAACAUUAAGAAGGUGAGAAAAAGGUUCCAAUGCAAAAAUUUAAUUUCACAAAUUUUGCUAGCUGACUACAUUUUGGAUAAGCUAAAGAAUUUUCCGGUGAACAGCUCUUUGCUGCCGACUCUAAAUGGUAAGGCGGUGAACAGCUUGCUCUCCGAGACGAGGUUAAAAGCGUACACGAAAUUUAUUAAUGAUAACUUGCAAGAAUGUGAGGACGUCGUUAAGAUGGAGAGGUGCUUUGCCCAGACGUACGAAGGGAAGAAGGAGGAAGAGUUCGUGCUCAACAGGGACGGAUUACUCAGCGGAAAGAGCGCAACAAAUGGAGCAAAUGUUAAAGUGAAAAGGGAGAGUGACCGUAUGAGUGAUGACGCGAAUGAGAGUGCCCCGCCGAUGAACAAACAGACGCAGGAGAGGACAGACCCCCUCCCAGAGCAUAAUCCGUGGCUGCUUAAUAAGCAUGGAAAAGUUCCAGACCAUGCAGGAAACGAAAAGGAUGACACCGGUGCAGACAUCGCGGGAGCUAUUCCAGUACGCAUAAAAAUGGAGCACACAACCGCCCCGUCCAACGUUAACAAUUAUGAGGAUAAUCAUAGUGCUCUUUUGCGAAGUGGUGUGUACGACGAUGCGAACGUGACACCCCCAGGGGUGAGCAAUGGAGAGCUGGAUAGGGACAAUCACCACGGCAUUAUACAUAUGCAGGGUAACAUAAACAGCGCGAAUUUGGAUGCACCCCUGGAUGGUCAAAUGGGAGUUAACGAACCAGGAAGGGAAAACGACUACAUCAGGAUGAACCACCAAAUGUGCGAAGCGGGUAGUGACCAGUUGGUUAAUCCUGCAGCUUUUAGCGAGAUGCCCGUGUACCAAACGGUGAAGGAGGAUGAGCAGAAAAGUGAAGCGGCAAAGGGUAUUGGGCCCCCCAGUGAGACCGGCAUGUACGGCGAUCCCAACUCUGGCAGUGUUAGCAGCAAUGGGAAGAACGGCGCGAAGAACGGCGCGAGGAGCGGCGCCAAGAACGGGGGAAAGGGCGGCCCCAAGAACGCGGGAAAGAGCAGCGCGAAGGGCGCUGGGAAGAGCGGCGGGAAAGGCACUGGGAAGGGGGGCGGCCGGGGAAGCGCCAAGGGGGGCAGCAAGGAAAACGGCAAGGAAAGCGGCAAAGAUAAUGCCAACGAAAACGGCAAACUUGCUCCUAGUGACAGUCUGCCCACGCUUAACGAACCGAGCGCGACUAAAGACACGGGCAAGACGAAGCAACCACCCGUGCCGCCCACGAACCCGUUCAAUGCCCCCUCCCAGGAAGCCAGCAGCGUAGACCAACAGAUGCAGAACCUCAGCAAAAAUGAGUUCUUCCUAAGCAACAGACAGAAAUCGCUACCCAUAAAAAAUAUAGCCAAGACGAAUAAAAUAACAAAGUAUAAAACGUCAAUAAGUGUGUCCAAUUUUUCUCGAGAGCUAUUUAAAAAUAAUAGCAUUUUAAAUUAUUUAUCAAAUGGCAAUAAUUACCAUGCCAAUAAUGCACUAGAAAAAGUGCCCCUGAAAAAUGGCCUACCUGUGGGUAACUUGGCUGUAGGGGACCAGGAGGCAGCAUAUGCUGCCCCCCUGGAAGGAGAUGCCACUGUAGAUAGUAAGAAUCGCCAACCGGAUGAACAGGUACCCGGCAUGCAUAGCAGUGCAAUGAAUAAUGACAUGAUGGUGCCCCUUCACAUGUCAAAUGGACAGCAUGUGCUAAGCCAUGACUCAGGCAGCUUCCCAAACAAGAAACAGAAGCUGGUAAACACGAAAUAUAAUGGCACCCCAAGUAAAAAUGCGACGCUGGAAAAUUUGAACAAGUGCUUUAUUAACCAAACAGGUUCUCCAGUCAAUGCCGUGCAGGAUUACUAUAUGCUUAACCAGUCUCCGGCGAAGUGGAACAAGGGUUUACCCAACGCGGAAGGCAUGAAAUCGAAUGCUUCUUCGUUUUCCUACCAACAGAUGCAGAAUUGGGGAGACCCCCAAUUUGUCAACAAGGGGGACACCCCGCCUCUUAUCAGUACGAACGUACAGGUGCCCAUCUCAAGUGCGGGCGGCGCGCACAGCUCCUCCAGGAAUGGCAGCGCGAAGAACAACAACUCCAAGGGGGGCAGAACCUCCAAGAACGGCAGCUCGAACAGCGCCCUGGUGCACACCGCAGGCAGCGGAAUUGGCGCAGUUAGCGCAGUUAGCGGUGUUAGCAACGGUUUCGGUAACAACAGCCUCGGCAACAACACCCUCAGCAACAACGGCCUCGGCAACGGCGGGGUGCCCCUGUUCGCGCGGCCAAACGGUGAAGAGGAAAAAUUCGCGUCGCCCAUGCACGCCGCCUCGCAAAGCGGCAAGUACAUACCGCCCAACGGCAGCAACGGGCAGAUGGGGCAGAUCUCGCAACUAUCGCCAACAUCGCAAAUUUCGCCAAUUGCGCACAGCAAGCCUGCCAUGUACGAGCCCCCAGAGCUGUGUGCCAAGAAUGUGCCGGCGAACAACCUUCCGAGCAGUAGCUCCAAUUCGCGCCAAAUGGAGGUUGCGCCCAGCGGGUCAGGCAAGAAGAUGCAGCAGAUGCAGCAGAUUCAGCAGAUGCCGCAAAUCCCGCAAGUGCCGCAAAUCCCUAUGAACAACAAUGCCCUAAACGCGGAAAAGAAAAUGUACUCCAUGUAUAAAGAAAAUCAAGCAAGAGGAGGGGCGGUCGGGUCAACUGCAGUGCCGGGGCCAUCCGCCUCCUCCUCAAUAAGCAGAAUAAACGAUGACGCAUUUUCCAUCAAAUCGGCAACCCCAAGUAACUACUCAGCAGGGUAUGGAGCGAACCAACCAGUAAUGCAAGAAGGGGAUGCAAAAACGAGAAUUCUACACGAACAAAUGAUGAACAAUCAAGACCUGUUAAGUUCUGACCAGAAACUUUUUCUUGAUGUUAGCAACAAAGGUAAUACCAUUGCAAAUUAUAAUUACCCUACCAUGGCAAGGUACCCUAGCAACAGCAUUCAAAAUGUGAAUCCUCUAAGUAGUGACAAUAGCAGAUCAAAUUUAGGAGCUAAUUAUAGCCAUGGGAAUUUGCAAAAUAUGAACCCUAAUUUUGUACCCUCUAAUGUAAUGCACAGCCAGAGUAACACCUCACCAAACAAUGGAAGGUCAUUGCUGCACCACCCUGUUCACUCUCUUUCUAACUUGGUAAAUAUAAACAGCAACAAAUUAGACAGCACUGACCCGUUGAAUUUUUCGAAUGAUUCGUUUAAUAAAAAUAUGAGUUGCUCAAAUUUGAGUAGUGUAAAGAGCGAUGGCAAUGAUGAGAAGCGGAACCUCUCCUCUGGUGCCUUAAAGGCCGGUGCAGAUGGCAGUUCGCACGUGUUUCAGAGCAUACUGCAGGCGAAGCACCAAAGCGACCUGCAGGGCUCCAUCCCAGAGAACCUCAAAGCGCAGCCGAGUUUCGUGAAUAGUAGUAGCGGCGGCGCCGUUAGUAAUGCCAUCAGUAGUGGUAUCGGUAGUGGUAUCGGUAGUGGUAUCGGUAGCGGCAUCAACAGCGGCAUCAACAGCGGUGGCGUCGGUUUUGUCGACGCCGGCGCAAUGUCCGCCCUGCAACAGCCCCACAUGCACAUGAACGACCCCCAAAACAAUUACAUUUUUAGCGCCAGCGAAAGAGACCCCAACAGCCUCGCAAACAUGAGCCCCCAAGGAUCGAAUGCACAGGGAUUCAGCCAGCCCAGUCAGCCGGGUCAGCCAAAUCAGCCAAGUCAACCAGGUCAACCAGGUCAACCGAACCAGCAGAACAUCAACGUGAACGGCGUGAAGUACCAGAGCGCAAACGUGCCGAAUAGGAAACAGGGAGGAAGCGUCAAUUCCUACGUCAACCAGAUGAACUUCAUUCUCCAAGUGCUGAAUCAGUUAAAUGCGACCUCGAAAGGAAGUAAUUCGCCAAACGGGAACCAGCAGGGAGUGGGGAAGCCCGCUAUGGAGCAGCCCGCUGCGAACCAGCCGAGCGGCAGCCAGAUGGGCAUGAGUCAGACGAGCGGCAGCCAGAUGGGCAUGACUCAGCCGAGCGGCAGCCAGAUGGGCAUGACUCAGCCGAGCGGCAGCCAGAUGGGAAUGAAUCAAAUGAACGGCAACCAGUUGGGCAUGAAUCAACCAAGUAUGACCCACCCGGGGAUGACACAACCAAACAUGGCUCAGCCAAACAUGCCUCAGCCAAACAUGCCUCAACCAAACAUGCCUCAGCCAAACAUGCCUCAGCCAAACAUGACGGCGCCUAUCUUUGGCCACACAACCAGCAGUGUCGCCUCGCCAAAUGGGAACAAGAGCAUGAAUAUAUCCCCAUUUCACUCGCCAACUAUGAAGGGAAAAGGCGUUAAGCAACCAUUUAGCGAUAGUAGUGUAAACAGCCAGAAUAUGAUAAACAUGGGCACCAAGGGGAACUUACCAAAAAACAUCAUUCAGAAGAUGCCUCCGAAAAAUAUAUUCCCAUCACAAGAUCUUAUUCAACAGAAGUUACUACAACAACAACAGGAGCUACUGCAGCAGAAGUUACAGCAGCAAAAAAUGCAGCAGGAAUUAUUUCAGAAGGCUUACAGUGAGAAAGAAAACCAGGCAAGUCCAGCCCAAGGGGCAUUUCAGGAAAUGCAUAACCAGUGCCCACCUGACAACCUAAUGCAGAAUGAUCAAGUGAGGCAGCAGAAGUUGCUUCAGAAACUCCAGCAGGAGCAAAUACAGAAGCAGCUUCAGCAGUUGCACUCCCAGCAACAGUUCCAGGUGCACCAGAUGCAGCAGCAGUUGCAGCAAAUUCAAAUGCAGAAGCUCCAGUACCAGCAGCAGGAGUUGAAGAAACAUAUGGAGCAGCUGCAGCAAAAGAUCCCCCUGUCUCAGCAGAAGUUGCACCAGCUGUAUAAUAUGAAACAAAAUAUGAUGUUAAGUGAAGAGAACGAGAAGAAAAACAAACAGAGGCAAAUUAGCUUUCCCCUAAAUUCGCACGUGCCCAACAUGCACAAUUUGCAGCAACUGAACAAAGGCGAUGAGCUUCUCUCGAAGGAAAAUCUGAACAGCAGUAUGGGAGGAAGCAUGAGCGGAGGUAUGGGAGGCAUGGGAAGCAUAGGAAGCAUGGGCGGGUUGAGCAACCUGGGCGGAAGCAACAUGGGGGGAAGCAACAUGGGGGGAAGCAACAUGGGCGGAAACACCAUGGGGGGAAGCAACAUGGGAGGAAGCAGCAUGGGGGGAAACUCCAUGGGCGGCAACUUGAGCGAAAGUGCGCUGUACAUGAUAAAUAGGAAGAUGUCAAAUAACCUGAACAAGCUGAACAACGCGGAUCACUUUUUUUCCUACGACUCCUUUCAGCAGUCGCUUCCCCAGAGCAAAAUUGACGUAAAAGACAUGAGGGCGCAUGACGGGAAGAGUAUAAAUGAAAAUAAUAUGUUGUUAAACCCAGCCCAGGCAAGAGACAUGUGCAGCAACAAUAUGCCCCCUCGCGUUCUGCCCAACAAUAUGCCUCCAUAUAUCUCUCCCAACUCUCCAUAUAAAAUGAAUCAUCAUAAUAAAAACAACAUGAACAAUAACCAGCAGCAGUAG